AUCUUACUAUUUCUUUUCAUCAAGUUAGCGCGCGAGUGACUGUAUAAAAAACAUUAACCAGGCACAGACCCUCACACCGACACCCUAAGAAACCACUUUUGACGCAAAAGUAAAAUAAUCAACCUUUGUGCGCAGAGUAAUAAACUUUUCCAAUCAAACAGUAGAACAAUCGAUCUCUCUACGUAGAAUGAUAAACCCUUUCGAUGAAAGAGCGGAAAUAUCAACUCCUGUAUGAUGAACACUGAACUUCUUUCAACAAAAGAGAAGUAGAAUCAACUAUCAACCGACAAUAAAACUAUCCCUUGAGAUGUUAAGGUAGAUAAGCCGAUAUUUUUCAGUAGAAUAAAAGAACCUGCCAAUGAGGAGGCAUAGAAUCGAGCAUUUAAGUACAGUACUAAACCCUUUUUUUUAUUCAGAUGUAGAUGAAUCAACUGUUGAACGUGGAAUACUAAACCCUUAGCAGGAAAUAGUAGCAGAAUCUACCCUUAGGCGUCAAGGGGGAAAAAACUGAUUUCUAAUGCUAGAAAUCACACAGAAAUCAUUAGAAAUUACUAGAAAUCACUAGAAAUCACUAGAAAUCAACCAAUAUUAAUAUAUCAGUAUCUCAAAAUCAUCAAGAGUAUAAUAAGAAAAAAACACAAUAUCCAUUCAUUCGAUUCAAUUUCUAUUGAAUAAACCACGAAGGAGUACUAAAUUGACUAUAAUUUAAUAAAAGGUUUUUGUUGCAAAGCGAUAAAAAAAUGUCUUUUUUAACGUAUUUCAUAAAGUAUACUACAAGUCAAUACAAAAAUUUCCAUGUAUGAAUAAAAUAUCAUUGAAUCACAGUUAUGCUGAUCGUUCAUUCUUCCAUAUGUAGAGCUUACGAUGUUGUAUUUUUAUUACAUGUUCUCUUUCUCGCAUAACUGAUAGAAGAACACGUUUUUGUUCGUGUUCAUUUCUAUCUUCGUCUUCUACUAUGAACAUUCUAUUUCUGUUUACUUGGUUUGGUACAUAGUUAUUUUUCAUUUUUUCUGAACAAAUUUUUGAUGAAUAUGCCNAUGGAUUUUACGAUUUUGUGAAACAUUUUUCUGGUGAAAAAUUGGCUAUUCUUCUUCAAUUUCAAGAUAUUAAUAACGUUCAAUGUCUGCUCGAUUGCGAUGAUCCCAUUGAAAUUUUAUUACUUGACUCGGAUGACUUACUUGAUUUGAAAAAGAAAAUGUGUGUCAAACUAAAUAAUAAUACAUUCGUUGUUUUACCUGGAAUCAAAAGCAAAAUGAAAUUGUUAAAAGCUGCAUUACUAAAGAAGCGAAAUGAGCGUAGAAGAGAAAUGUCGAAAACAUCAUCGAAUACAAUUUCAACAAAUAAUACAUCGUCAACAAUUUUAUCAAACUCAUCGAAUGAACAGCCAACAAUCAUUUCUUCAUCUAUAGCUUCUAAUUCGAAAUCAGACGAUGAACAAAAACAACACAUAAUUUAUUUAAUCGACGAAUGGUGUGAGAAAAUGAAAGAAGAAAAGAAUAAGCAAGAUUUUCAUCUUAAAGAAAGUAUUGAUUAUGAAAUAAUUGCGAAUUAUAUGUUAAACAUGGCAUCGAUCAAAUGUCAAUGUGGCAUAACCGCAACUUUAGGGGAAAAAAGUAACAAUUACAUCUUGUCAAAUUAUAUCCGUCAUUUAACUAAAUCCAAUUCGUGUACAAUGAUUCGACAAAAACUGGAAAAUCUUGAUGGAAAUGUCUCUUUGGAUAAUGCUUCUAAUAUAGAUAAUUCAAAUAAAGCGGAUGAUCCAAUAAUUAGCGAUAAUUCAAAUUCAACUCUAUUUAUUCAAACAGUUGUUGGAAAACGACGCAAAAAUCAAUCAUCUCUUUCAUCUUCGCGUAAGAAAAAAAAACUAUAA